AUGACUUGUCGGCCCUGGAAGCUGUUGAGCUUAACAUGGCUGAGCUUGCGCGGGGCUGUGGGCAGCAACGACCUGAUUUCCGAGACCGUGGCCUACUGCUAUCGCGCUUUGGUGCGCGACUCUGGGUGUUGUCUUGAUCAGAAGUAUGGCAAGAACGUCCGCAGGAAGAAAAUUCGCCGCCCGGGCGUUGGUUGGCUCUGCGAUAAGGCCUGCUACGAUGAUUUGAAAGGAUUCCGUGGCGACGACGUGCUCUGGAUCCCCCAGGGGGCCACCUGUGAGUCCCCACGGCUCCUGUGGAUUCACGGUGGCAGUUGGGAGUAUGGCUCGCCGGACACCUUGUCCUAUGGACAGCUGGCCUCAAAGAUUGCAGAGCUCUCGGGCGCCAUCGUCAUGGUGCCGGAUUUCCCACUGGCGCCGGUGGGGAAUUACCAUGUGAUCAUGAGAGCCAGCUUAGAUGCCUUGCGCUGGUUGGCAGAGACAGAUUUGGACAUGAACUGCCCGGAGGGUUCUGCUCCAUUGCUGGUGGGGGGCGAUUCUGCGGGUGGUGGCACUGCAGUGUCCUUGAUCUUGGUGCUCAAGCAGGGCGCCGGCUGGACGCCACAAGCGACAGUUGCCCUUGCCGCGUUGGUGGCCACCGGCUACGCCAAGGAUGAAGAGAAAAAGAUUGAUGGCCCAGUGAUCGGAAUCGAUUUAGGAACCACCUAUUCCUGCGUGGGGAUCUACAAGAACGGCAGAGUGGAGAUUAUCCCCAACGACCAAGGCAAUCGCAUCACCCCCAGCUAUGUGGCCUUCACGGAUGAUGAGCGACUCAUUGGCGAGGCGGCCAAGAACCAGGCGACCAUCAAUCCUACCCAGACCUUGUUCGACGUGAAGCGCCUCAUUGGUCGUCGCUUCAAGGAUUCUACUGUGCAGAAGGACAUCAAGCUGUUGCCUUAUUUGAUCGUGGAUAAGAGCACCAAGCCGAUGAUCAGCGUCAAGGUGAAGGGUGAGGAUAAGGUGAUGGCUCCUGAGGAGGUGUCUUCCAUGGUUCUCACCAAGAUGAAGGAAACUGCUGAGAACUACCUCGGAAAGGAAGUGAAGCACGCAGUCGUGACGGUUCCCGCAUAUUUCAACGAUGCGCAGCGUCAGUCCACCAAGGAUGCCGGCACCAUCGCCGGGAUGAACGUCCUGCGCAUCAUCAACGAACCCACCGCGGCGGCCAUCGCCUACGGCUUGGACAAGAAGACGGAGAAGAACAUCUUGGUCUACGACUUGGGAGGCGGCACCUUCGAUGUUUCCUUGUUGACCAUCGACAACGGUGUUUUUGAGGUGGUGGCCACCAAUGGUGACACACACUUGGGAGGUGAAGAUUUUGAUCAGCGGGUGAUGCAGCACUUUAUGAAGAUUUUCCAAAAGAAGCACGGCAAGGACAUGUCGAAGGACAAGCGCUCCAUCCAGAAGUUACGCCGCGAGGUCGAGAAGACCAAGCGCGCCUUGAGCUCCACCCACCAGGCACGUUUGGAGAUUGAAGCCCUCUAUGAUGGCGUGGACUUUUCUGAGACCUUGACACGCGCACGUUUCGAGGAGUUGAAUGCGGAUCUCUUCAAGAACACCUUGGGACCAGUGAAGCAGGUUUUGGAGGACUCUGGCCUGAAGAAGAAUCAGGUGGAUGAGAUCGUUUUGGUGGGCGGCUCCACGCGAAUUCCCAAGGUGCAGCAGCUCAUCAAGGAUUUCUUCAACGGCAAGGAGCCCAACCGUGGCAUCAACCCGGAUGAGGCAGUGGCUUAUGGUGCUGCAGUGCAGGCCGGGAUUCUGAGCGGCGAGGGAGGACAGGACCUGCUGCUGCUGGACGUGACGCCACUGACUCUGGGCAUUGAGACGGUGGGUGGUGUGAUGACCAAGUUGAUCUCCCGCAACACGGUGAUCCCAACCAAGAAAUCCCAGACCUUCUCCACCUACCAGGACAACCAGCCAGCGGUGAACAUCCAAGUCUAUGAGGGCGAACGACCCAUGACCAAGGACAAUCACCUGCUGGGCAAGUUCGAGCUUGGCGGAAUCCCUCCAGCUCCUAGGGGUCAGCCACAGAUCGAGGUCACCUUUGAGAUUGACAGCAACGGCAUUCUGAAUGUCGGUGCGGAGGAUAAGGGCACUGGCAAGAGCGAAAAGAUUACCAUCACCAACGACAAGGGCCGCUUGACAGAGGAGCAGAUCGAGAAGAUGAUCCGCGAGGCCGAGGAGUUUGCGGAUGAAGACAAGAAGGUGAAAGAGAGGGUGGACGCUAAGAACGCCUUCGAUGGCUACAUCCAUUCCAUGCGUUCCGCGACGGAGGGAUCAGGAGACAACAAAGGCUUGAGCGAGAAGAUGGAUUCCGAUGAGAAGGAGCAGAUUCUGGAUGCCUUGAAAGAUGGCCAAAGCUGGCUGGAUUCCAAUCCUGAAGCGGAUGCGGAGGAAAUCAAGGAGAAGCACAAGGAGAUCGAGGGAAUCUGCGCCCCCAUUGUGUCCAAAUACUACGGUGGUGGGGUGGCCUUGACGGAGCCGGAGAGGGUCCAGAAAGCCCAAAGUUUGGCUGGCGGUAUCUUCUUCAGCCCGUGGACCAACUUGAAAUGUGACACCCCAGACUACUAUUACAACGCCUUUGCCAAGAUCGUCGACAAGAAAGCCUUUAAAGACCCGAGCUCUGGUGUGGCCUAUGUGGGAGAUCUGAUGUUUCGUGGGCAUCCUGAAGAAAACCUGGAUGAAUUCACGGCGAACGCCAAAAGUUACAUUGGAAGCAACGCAGAUCUGCUGACAGAUCCUGUGGCAUCUCCGUUUUGGACCACCGAACAGGAGCUGGGAGGUGGCGGCGUUCCACCGAUGCUCUUCGCCGUGGGCGGCUCCGAGAGCAUCCUGGGGGAUUCGAUGAUCGUGGCGCAGAAGGCAGCCUUCUAUGGCGCCAGCGUUCACGUGGACGUCCACGUUGGGAUGUGGCACGACUUUCCCAUGUACUCCGAAGGCUGCGGCAGUGGCGAGGGCCUUUGGCAGGCUGCUCUAGCUCUGAACCGCACUGCAGCCUUCAUCCGCGAAGUGGCGCGCCGGAAGCGGACGGCCAGUGCCAUGGGCCUGGUCUGGCCACCUGCGAGCUCCCGAGCGGGGACGCCGAAGACACGGUACAUCUACGAUGUUACGAGGCCGGGCGCGCAGAAGUGGUUCCCAAAGAAACUGCUGAGUCCCAUCAGCAACGAUGUUCACUUCGAGGCGUUGCCUCCGAUUCCUGCUGCUUCCAGAGAUGACCCCCUCCCUACCAGAUCGUCUUUCUGGGCCCUGAUCUUCCUAGCCGUUUCUGGCAUGGCCCAAGUUGCGUAUUUCUGGUCUCUUUGCACUUCCCGAUCCCUCCAAAAUCACUUGGAGGAACGGCUUUUGCAGGUUUGA